UCCCUUUAAAUAUCAGAAAUAUAUUUUUAGAAAUUCCCAUUUGGAUCGAAGAACAAAAAGAAACACCAAAACAAAAAAUUUUAAAAAUGGAGCGACUUCGAAUGUCCCUUAACCGUGAAGUGCGUAUCGGCAACUAUAAGGUGGUACGGAAGAUUGGCUGCGGAUCCUUCGGUGAUAUAUAUCUGGGCAUCUAUAUCCACAGUGGCGAAAGGGUGGCCAUCAAGGUGGAGAGCACCAAGGUCCGUCAUCCGCAAUUGAACUACGAAAGGCGAUUAUAUCGCGCGUUGAGAGCAGCACCUGGUUUACCGAGAAUUCGUUAUUACCACAAAGAGCAGCAUUACCAGGCGAUGGUAAUGGAUCUACUAGGACCAUCACUGGAGCGUCUUUUCCAGUUCUGUGAACGUGCCUUCACCAUCAAGACCGUCCUCUUGCUGGCCGAGCAAAUGGUACGACGAGUUGAGUAUGUUCAUAAUCGUGGCUUCCUCCAUCGCGACAUCAAGCCGGAUAACUUCCUGAUGGGUCUGGGCAACAUGUCCAAGCAAGUAUAUCUCGUGGACUUUGGUCUGGCCAAAAAGUUCAUGGACAUAACGACCGGUGUGCAUAUACCGUAUCGUGAGGAGCGUCCCCUAACGGGUACCGCCCGUUACGCCUCCAUAUGCGUUCAUGCGGGCGUUGAGCCGUCGAGACGCGAUGAUAUGGUGGCCGUUGGCUAUGUCCUCAUGUACUUCAAUAGGGGCUCACUGCCAUGGCAGGAUCUAAAGGCAUCCACCAAGCAACAGAAGUACGAACGCAUCCAUGAGAAGAAGAUCUCGGUUAGUGUGGAGGUCCUUUGCGAGGGAUUUCCCUGUGAGUUUACCAUGUAUCUGAACUAUUGCCGCGGCAUGGGUUUCUAUGAGAAACCGAAAUACGACGACAUCUGCCGGAUGUUCAGAAUGCUGCGUGAUGGCAUCAAUCUACGUCCUGGCCUCAUCUACGACUGGGACAUGCUGAUGAUGAAGUUCCAUAAUACCCAGAAAAAUCCGGGCAUUGGUCAACGUGUCUUUCCACCCAAACAGGAGGAAGAUGAGGGCCAUAGUGGUGAGCCGAUUGUCAAGGACGAAAAAUGCAACAAUUGGCCAUGAGAAUGGAUGGAGAUAUUCCUGGGGAAAUCCUGCAGACCUGCAAGUCAUCCAAAGUGUGUGUGACAUCCAAAAUUCAUAAUGACGAUAAAUUUCUUAAGUUACCUAACCUGAAAUGAGAACCACCUCCCUCGCUUGAUAACUUUAAAUUAAAGUAAAUAAUAUCUAA